CCCCUACCCCGCCCCCCGUAACCAUGGCAACGGGGCCAUGGAGCGGGGGGUUCGGCGCGGAGCGGCACUGGUGGCGGCGUGGAGGAACCUGUGGGAGCGUGGUGGCCCGGCUCGGUUCCGCCCUCAGUGCAGGACUGGCUGUGGGGCAUGCAGGGUACAAGGGAACAGGUCCUUCUCUCAAUCUGCUGCUGCCAGUGCUGUUUUGGGACUGGGCAGUUGGGGAGGUGACAGUGGGAAGCAGAAGCUCACCCUGCAGGAUGUGGCGGAGCUCAUUCGGAAGAAGGAGUGUCAUCGAGUAGUGGUGAUGGCCGGUGCAGGGAUUAGCACCCCCAGCGGGAUCCCAGACUUCAGGUCCCCAGGGAGCGGCCUCUAUAGUAACCUUGAGCAGUACAGCAUCCCUUAUCCCGAAGCCAUCUUUGAACUGGCCUACUUCUUCAUCAACCCCAAGCCAUUUUUCACUUUGGCCAAGGAGCUCUACCCUGGCAAUUAUAGACCCAACUAUGCUCACUAUUUCCUGAGACUCCUGCAUGACAAAGGGCUCCUUCUGCGUCUCUAUACUCAGAAUAUUGAUGGGCUGGAGCGAGUUGCUGGGAUCCCUCCUGAUAGACUGGUGGAAGCCCACGGCACUUUUGCUACUGCCACGUGCACAGUCUGUCGGAGGAAAUUCCCAGGAGAGGACUUCAGGGGGGACGUUAUGGCAGACAAGGUCCCUCACUGUCGCGUCUGCACCGGAAUCGUCAAGCCUGACAUCGUGUUCUUUGGCGAGGAGCUCCCGCAGCGCUUCUUCCUGCACUUGACAGACUUCCCCAUGGCAGACCUGCUUUUUGUCAUCGGAACGUCCCUGGAGGUGGAGCCCUUUGCCAGCCUGGCAGGAGCUGUUCGCAACUCCGUUCCCCGGGUCCUCAUCAACCGAGAUCUUGUAGGACCGUUUGCCUGGCAGCAACGUUACAAUGACAUAGCCCAGCUGGAGGAUGUGGUCACUGGGGUCAAGAAGCUCGUGGAAUUGCUGGACUGGAACGAAGAGAUGCAAACACUAAUUCAGAAAGAAAAAGAAAAGCUGGACGCAAAAGACCAAUAGGACAGCUGGCUCCCUGCUGCUGGAAAGCUGUGUUCAUCCUGAAGAGAAGGAGAUGUUGUCAUGCCCAGCAUGAGCAAAGAAAGAGGCAAUAGCAGGGAGCUGUGGAAAAGUCCAUCCAGGUCUGCAGCAGGAAAUCUACAUAGGACUGGCAUUUGGAAAAAGGAGGAUGCUCAUGGCUCAUUCCAGCCAGCCUGGAAGCAGUGACACCCUGUCACCCACGAAGGAAGGGAAGCUGAAAGGAGCACAGCCCCACUGCCAAGCUACAGUUUCCACAUGUGAAGGCUUUUCUAUCUGAGACUUCAAAACAUUUGAUGUAGCCGCUGAAGGUUGUUCCUCCUCACCUUACCUCAUUUCGGCACCCAUUAGGAGAUACCUUACUCCUGCGUGGCUCUGUCUCUGUCAAAGCACCAUCUGACAAUGUCCAGCCAUGAGUUUCACCAGCAUGUCAGAUGAGAUGUGCUGGUGCACAGCUCUUCCUCAGAUACUUUGUUCUUAGUCAUGAGCUGCCAGCUGCUGCAGAUUGGUAACGUUUAGUCUUUGGAUGAAACCUGCUGAUCAGGAGAUGAUUGCUGUUAAUGUGCCUGGCCUGUUCCUGUUCAGAAAGGCCAGCUCAACCGCUAAGAAUUAUCAGGGUAGGGGCGAUUAUUAAUAAUAAAGAGUUACAACUA